CCAGCCAGGGGGUGACGGGCAGAGCCCAGGAGUCUCCAUUACCAGUCCCCUGCUCCAGCUACAAGCUGAUCCCAAACCCCUACAGUUCUGUCAGCGCUGCCGUGUGUCGCUGUCACAGGGUAAAAUGUUUGCACAAACAUAUCACCUUCCCCAGGGAACGGUGCUGGCAGCAGCAAGUGUCAAGGGGCUUGCUCUCUCUUUUGUGGUCCAGUGAGACUGCUGAUUACCUCCACUCCCAGACAUCUCAAAACCACAGGACAUUGUAAAUGUGAUCAAGUUGAGUCACCUUUUUGGGGAAGUUGCCAAUGCAAAACCAUGCUCUGACCCCAGAUGCACCAAGGGCUGUGACCUGCAGCAAAGUGGUUACUGUGUGUGGGCAGUGGGAGCUGUGGCCUGGUUUGAGGGGUUUCACACGUCUGUGGCAAGGAAGAAAGGUGGCUUUGAGGGCCAUUGGAGACGGGUGCAUUGCCAUCCGCUAUCGUAUCCCACAUGACCUCUGAAAGUGACGGGGGACUAGAUGCUCACUUCUCUGCCUGUCUUACUCUUCUGCUUUACUGUCCAUAUUUGGAGGGAUCUUUGUGGCUACCUGCAUGUGGCAAGCCUCUAGUGUGUAUUCAGACUUGUGCGGUAAGUGCGCACAAGAAAAAUAGGGCCUUAGUUUUUCCGGUCCACAGUUAUCCCAGCUGUAGAAAGGGAUGUUUCCCUGCCUUAUUAGCCUUAUUACUGCUUCUGAAGUGCUUUGAGCUGUUUGGAUGGAAGCUGAUACCAGUGAAAAUGCUAAUCAGGCCCAAUCCCAAACAUGGAUUUUUAGUUUUGUUGGCGUAAGUCUGGACGAUUUUACUGAAGAGCUGAAUCUCUAGUAUAGAUUCAGAUUAUAGAUAGUACGAUUCAGUAUGAGUAUCAGUAUAGAUUCAGUAUGACAUCAGAUUAUAUCCCUGGAAAUGCAACAUAUACAGGUCAAAUCCAGGAGUCCUGCUCAGGCUUUACAUGGGCUGAAAUUCCCAUUUGCUUCAAUAAGGCUUUCACCAAUGAGAAGCUGUAAGAGUUUGGCCCUGUUUGCCACUCCUGCAGCAAGGUCUCCAGAAUUCAGGGCUAGCUGUGUGAAAAUAUCCCAAGGUCUUGGUGCCUUUUCCAUCCCUCAAGCAUCAUCUUGGCUUCUCUCUUUCUCCUGAGCAUCCUAGCACGGUAAGUGGCUGAUUACCAUAUGGCUGUGGAAGUGUGCAUGUCUCCCAGUUUCCCACACCAUUUCUUAACGAUAUUCAUUCUCCUCACAAAGGAAGUGUGCCUGAUUACAAACCACAUUAGCGAUGGUGCUUGACUUUGCAUUGUGUUCAGUGGGAAACCCUUCUCCCAAAAGGCCAUCUGGGUAGCAGUUACCCGAAGGGAAGCAAGGGGAGCAGUGACUAGCUCUGAAGACUUGGGAAAGUACAGCUCCUUUAAGUCUUUUGAAAAAGUAACAUCUGGCAGAAGUUUAGGAGGAGGACUGUUAUCAGCUUCACACUGCAGGCCUGGUACCUGGAGCUAGGCUCUUAGGGCCAGAACUUGUCUCCCUUUCUACCCAGCCCCUCUCCUCCAUUGCCUCUGGUGUACAUGAUCCAGUGGAAAGCAAUCACUGGUGUUGGAUCAUUACUUAAUGCCAAAGUCGUUGCCCCUGAUGUACCUCCGUUAUCUCCGGCGGUCUUGCACAAGGAGUGAAUUUGGUUCGUUGCUUUUCUUUGGGGUUUCCAAACAAAAUUUCGAAGCUAGAGUAAUUUGUGUCUGUGUCAUGAGAGAGUGACCUUCACCCGUUGCAAAUCCACAGAGAAAACAGUCAAGCAGUUUUUAAAAAUGUAUUUCCCUGAGGCUAGGUCUUUUUUUCCUAGUGUUUCUGAUAAAAAAAAAAAGUGGUUCUGAGAGAGGGGAAAGAGCAAAGGAAAAUCUGUCAACCUAGGAGAUUACUGCAGUGUUUUACCAUCAUGCAUUGCUUUGCAAAUUAUUAUAAACCCAAAACAAUUCACUGAGACAGACAACAGUGGCAUUAUUACUGCUAACAUUUCCAUUUUACAGGUAGGAAAACUGAGGCACAAAGAGGUUAACUGCGUUGCUUAAGGCCUGUUGAAGUCAAGGACCAAACUUAUGAACUCCUGGUUCCUAGUCUCAGUGCCCAACCCUACAGUUACCAAAUGGCUCCAGCAGACAAGGUCCCUCAGGUUUGAAGUCUGCAGAAAAAUAAACCCAAACUCAUGACUGGAAGGGUAUUUCUUCUCCAGGACUUCCUGGCAGCUCAUUUGGGAACAUGAAGUAGUUGCAUCCCAUGCAGUUAAUGGACUGCAAGAGGACACAGGUAAUAUGCUUGCUGUUAGGGAGGCCAAAUGUGUUCUUUUUAAUUGAGCAAAAUUACUGCUGACUUAGAUUAGAGCAUCAUCAUGGUAUGGCAGAAUUUGACCUUAAUGUCUAGUUUGCUUUGGAUCCUGCGGUGUUGAAGGAAAAUUAUUGUGUGCAAAUUAUAUGUAUAGGGCACGUGCCUUAAAAAACACCAUGUGAAGGACUUGGCUGGUGUGAAUGAGCGUUGCUCCAGUAAUUCAGUAGAAGUGCUCUGAUUUAUACCAGGUGAGUGUGACUCUAUUCCCCCUUGAUAGUACGCUAAACAACUUGGAGGAUUUGGCUAGUGAAAACCUAAUCAAACAGCAGUUUCCUGUGUUACAGGCAUGUAUUCAGAGACAUCCCCCAAAAUCCCAAACAGGGACAGAAAAUGGACACAUGCAGCCUAACUCACCUGUGCCUCCGCACAUCUCUUCUAAUGCAUAGCUCAUUUGUCUGUCACAAAAAUAAGUCCUGUGACUAGUCAAGAAAACUCAUAGGACUCAGGUACCACCAAAUAAGGAUGAGCAUGGAAAACCUGAUCACUGUAAAACCAGUUGUUAUGGCAGACAUGCUGGUGGGGUGAGGAGGAUUCUGACUUGAGGACACUUUGUUUAAUUAAAACCUGGAAUGUGUGUACACAUGAUUGAUAUAGUAGGAAGAAUUUACGGCUGCUCUGGUAGCAUGUUUUUAGCUCCUCUGCAAACCAGAAACAAGCAAAGCUGUUCAUUUCAUGUGCUGGGUGGGACAUAUUUCUUCCUAUGUGUCUUUGAUUAAUUAGCUUGAGAAAUAAGUUUGCUGCUCAAGACUUUCUGUUUGAGAGGAUCUCCCUGCGAGGGCUGCAGGAGAGCAGGUAAUGGGGCUUGGGAUGUGGCAUUACACAGGCUCAGAUAAUCCUCAAGCUUUGGGAGAAACAUGUGAGAUGGUGUCACGAAAACUUUCCCACAACUUGACAUAAAAGACUCAGAGCUCAACAGCUGCCGUUCUGUACAAAAGAAAAGAGCCUAUUCAAGGGCAGGACAAUGGGGGAUGAAAAAGCAGAUCCUGGAAGAGGUCACUUAAGCCUUACCUGGUUUAAAGAAUAAAUGAGUGGGAGAUCGAUUAGCUAGCGAGAUGCAUUGGCGUGUAUGUGUAUGCCAAUGAAAAAACAUGCACACAUGUAACCUGUAUGUGUAUAGACAUGCAUAAAAGGAAUAUGAAUAUAGAUACAGUUUGAUUUAACAUUGUUUCCAUUCCUUUGAAGGAUACUACAGUGCUUUACACAUGUUAAGUGAUGUAAUCAUUCUGAUAAGAAUACAGGACUUUACUGUCUCUGUAUCACAGACAGGGAUAUCGAGGCGUGGAGAAGCAAAGUGAAGAGACUCUGGAAAAUCUGGUUUCCAGACAGCCAAGCUAUGCUGUAAUGCUUUCUGACAAUGUAAAUGGAGCAGUCUUUCUAUCGGUCUGAUUUUGCAUAGUUCUAGACCUCCCAGCAGUACAGAAAUCAGUCUGCUUCCCUUUAACACUUGUUUAUCUUCAUGCUAGUCGAUUCAGAGUUCAGUGAAGUGAGUGAUGCGUGCAUAGACCCAGAGGCAGGCGGAAUGCAGGCAGGCCAAGUGCAGCCCUGAGAACGUAUCAUUAUGUCUUCAAUAGCAGCAUUCCUUCCUUUGCCAGUUCUGGGUCUCCCUUGGUGCAGAGACUGCCAAUUGAACCAAGUCCUAGUGUGGGGUGCAAUCUAGAAUUGGAAACUCGGUAUCAGGACUCCUGGGUUCUCUCUGCAGCCAUGUUACUGACUUACAGCUAGACCUUGCUCUGUGUCUCUGUUUCCCCAUAGGUGCAAUGAAAACAAUAAAAUCUGCUUCAUGUUGGGGAAAGAGGGAGCAUGGUGUGAGGUUGAAUAAAUGCUCAGAAUACUUUUGAGGUGCUUGGUGGGGGAGCUGUAUACAUGCAAAAGUAUUCUGCCCAAUAUCCAGCACACACUAAAGUUCCUGUUUCAUACCUCCUGCAUAUCUCUGAAAGCAGAUAUGUCCAGUAGUGUUAUAUCUGUUUUUCCCACAUGAAGAAGCAGUGACAAAUAAUGUAAAAUUAUUUGCAUAAUAUCAUUAUUUGCAAAGUAUCACAAGACUUGAGCAGAGCUGGGUACAGAUCUGACUUUCAGGCUUUCACUUAACCACUAGCUAAUGCUCCAGAUAGCUGUGUUUUCCAGCAGAGUAAUGAACUGACUACACCAAGCCAGAAGAGGAAACCCAUUCCUGGAUAUAACUCCCACUGAUGUCAGUUAAGAGAGAACUUCAGAAUCGGCACCUUGUAGAAAAAUAAAACCGGUAUUAAGUCAUUAAGAUAAAUCUCCCUGUUCUGAGGAAUUAGCAAACCACUUGUGUGUGUGCCCAUGUGCUUGUGCAUGCACAAGUGGGGGUCUGCUUGUGUGCGUGUGCCUGCGUGUGUUCUCAGAAGAGAUGCGCAUACUCCUCUGCACAGACUAGCUUAUUUCCCGCCAUCAGCCAGUGGCCUCUACCUCCACAAAUGUAUGUGAACUCCACAUUGUCCGCACCCGGAAUGCUAUUGAUCUGCGGCAUUAGUCAGCAGCCUUUUCUUACUGAAGGCCAGCUCUUUCCCAGCUUCUGACACACAAUUCUGAUCCCAGUCUUCCAUGUACCCCACACUCUCCACCUGCUCAUCUGGGAGAAGGUCAUUAUCCGUAGGCUAUUCACUGCCAAUGGAGCAUGCAAGAAUAGCUGCUUCUCCUAUUGUCCUGCCUAUCUCUCUGAUUGGCUCUAGAGUGUGGGAAACUCAACCAAGCCAGAGACCCACAGAUUCUCAGUGAGGUUGUUCACUAUAAAUAUCAGGCAGACACAGCUUCCAGCAGCACAUUUCCACUGCAUUUCAGCACUGUAGAGACUUUCCUCCCUUGGACAGAUGGCCCCAAGCACUGUUUUUAUAGAGCAUAACAACCUGCUGACGCCAAAAGAGAAAAACAAACUAAGGAAGCCGGUGGUGGAGAAAAUGCGCCGGGAUCGCAUUAAUAGCAGUAUCGAGCAGCUGAAAGUCCUGCUGGAGAAAGAGUUCCAGAGACACCAGCCCAACUCCAAGCUGGAAAAAGCCGACAUCCUGGAGAUGACUGUCAGCUACCUGAAGCAGCAGAGCCAGCUACAGAUAAAGACUGUGGGAGCCUUCCAUAAAAACUCACAGUUUGAUUUCAAGGAAGGCUACUCCAGGUGCCUGCAAGAAGCCUUCCACUUUCUGUCUCUCCAUAAAGUCCAGAUUGAAAUGCAGACCAAGCUCCUGAGCCACUUCCAGAAGGGUCAGACUGUUGCUCCUGAGAGCGUCUCCCCCCACUCCAACCAGAACGCCCCAAAGCAAGUGUCUUUGAAAAACAGCGGCACGCUCUGGAGACCCUGGUAGACUGGACUCUCAGGACAUUUGCCUUUUUUAUUCCAGAGGAAGGAGGUGACUGCAUCUGACAGUCCAAUCCUGAUCCUCUCAACUGUAGGGAAUAUUAUUUCCCCUGUUUUUUAUUUAUGUAUGGAAAGAAUGGAAUACUUGUGACUCUCCAGGCUCAUAUGGGUUCCUCGGGAAAGCGUUCAUGUAUUCUGUUGAGUGGUAUUGAAGCUGUGCAGAUGUCAGCAAUAGCAGGGCACAGCAAGGCACCCCAUUUGGGGGCACGUGUCUUCAUAAUGAAGGAGGUUUUUGUAGGUGAUUAUAUGUUGUCAGUGUUACAAUCAUGGUGAAAUUGUAACAGAUAGCAGUUGCCAUAGGAGAGCACUCUUUGAUUUUGUUUGUUUGUUUUUUUUUUUUCAUGCCUGUAAAAGCUUUCCUCUUUCCUCCCCUUGCCUUGUUUACCCACUCAUUCAUAAUGUAGGAUGAAUCCACUAACUUGGUGUUGGUGCACAGUGUUCUAAAUCUCACUUCCUCUGUCUGAUUGCAGCUUGUACAGCAGCCAAGAUAAUUUCAUAGCUGCCACUCUCCCCUUGUUUCACUCAUUAGGACUAGACAGCGUCAUUAGAUAAAACUAUGUGGAGUAUUUCUACCAUUUGCUGCUUUUUUCUGUUUAGGAAAAUGAUGCCUUAAUGCUUUAUAUUAAAGAGAAAAGAAUGUACACGUGACGUUUGGUGGUUCAAUGUUAUACAUUUUGACUGUAAGAUUUGCUCUUUCCUUGUGUUCAUUAUUACAAUGGACUAUUCUCUACUGAGCAGUUUCAUUCACUAUGGAUGGUGUGUUUCUCCCGCUGCUGGGACCGGCCACAUGGGCUGUUUGCAUACUGUGUAUGCAUCUGUAUCACCUGUAUGUGUAGAAAGCAAUAAAAUUGCAUUGGCAUGCAA